AUGUCGGACAGGGAGACGCUCCUCUCCUUUGGCUUUGCCCCAGAGCGCGUCGACUGGGCACUCAAAGCGACCUCCAACGCCGGUCUCCAGCCUGCGCUUGACCAUCUCGAGCAGCACCAGGAUGACCCUGUGCCGGAUCUUACUGCUGUCAUUCCGGGGAAGGGGGCUGCUCAGCCCGAGGAUGAUGACGAGGAUGACGAGGCAACAGCUAUUGCUGCUAGUACGGGUGCUGAGGCCAAGAGCAUCAAAUGCAGCGAAUGCGGAAAGAUAUUCAAGAACACCGCUCUGGCGAACUAUCAUGCCGAGAAAUCGGGGCAUGACCAGUUUGAGGAAAGCACAGAGGAGAUCAAGCCGCUUACUGAGGAGGAGAAGAAGGUGAAGCUGCAGGAGCUGAGGGAGAGGAUGGCGGAGAAGCGGAAGGUGAAGGAUAAGGUUGACGCUGAGGACCAGAGGAAGAAUGAGGACAUUAGGCGUAAGGCCGGAAGGGAUGCGGGGUAUAUUAAGGAAGAGUUACGCGCGAAGGAGACGAUCAAGGCUGCUGAACAGGCGCGGAGGGACAAGAUCGAAGACGCCAAGGCGAAAGCAGCUGUGAAGGCGCAGAUCGAGGCUGACAGGCGUGCGCGGGCUGAGAAGUCCGCGAGGGAGAAAGCGCUGCGCGAGGGGAAGGUGUACGAUGCCGAGGCUGGAGCGGAGCACGCUGCCCCCGCUCCUGCUGCUGCGAGCGCAAGCGCAAGCAUGGGGAUGAAAAGCAAGGAUUACCCUGAAACGCGUUUGCAGAUUCGGCUUGCGAACGGAGGACCGUACACCACCACCUUGUCGAGUGAUGCGCCGCUGAGCGAAGUAGCGGAGUUUAUUGCUGCCCAGAACUUGGCCUUCGACGCGGAUCGUGUUACGCUCAGCACGCAUUUCCCACGCAAGACGUUUACCCAAGCGGAUAUGCGUCGGACGUUGCGAGAGCUCGGGCUUACACCGUCUGCUGUCUUGAUUGCUUCAUGAGCGCAUACGAUGGGUUGAGAGGAAAACGAUUGCAUUCUGUACUACUUACAAGGAUUUGCUCAUGUAUGGAGAACGACCACCCAAUCAAUGGAUGAUAUCUGAAUGCC